UUUUUGGUAUAAUUAUUUGACUUUUUAACCUUUGAUCUUUUGACAUUUUAAUUAAUAUGGAAGGUUCCAAACUUAGCCUUAGCCUAAUUACCAUAAUUAUGUCAAAAUUGUAGGAGGAUUAAUUGUAUUUUUCUCAAAGUUAAGGGGAGGUGAGUGUAAUUUUACCAAAAAACAACAUUUGAAAGAUCGACCUUUUCCCGACCGUUAAAAGUAUCAAAGAUCAACCAGUACUAUCUCUCUCUCUCUCUCUCUUUGAAGUCCAUCAUCGUCUUCAUCACUCUCUCUCUCUCUCUCUCUCUCUAAAUUCAACCUUCUAGUCUUCACUGUAUUGAUUUCUGAAGCAAAUUAAGCGAAAGUCAUGGAUGACCAAACCCUCUCACACAGUUGCAAUCACAUUGUUUUCGAUUACAACAAGCCUUCUUCGAUUUGUGAGUCAGAUCGAACCCUAGAAACUGCAAUUUGCGACACAGAGCAAGUUGGGGAAAAUACAGCUUUGGUGGACGAUAGCGAUGUUUCAGAUGGACAUGGAGCCCAAGAAAUGUGUUCUGAUGAAGUGCAGACUCUUCCAAUUUUGCAGAAAUUUGAACAAUUGAGCAACCAAGUUCAGAAUUUAAAGAAGGAGCAUGCAGCUUUAUGCAACGAAGUGAACGGCAUCACUGCCAAUUCUUUUCCUGGCUCUGAAGUUUUCAGUGCUCUUCAGGACCUCAGUACUGAACAUGAACAUUUGAAGAAAAAGUACCACGAAGAGUGUGAACUUGUGAAGAAGAAGUACCUUGAAGAGUGCUCUGAACGGAAGCGGCUCUAUAAUGAAGUGAUUGAGCUUAAAGGGAAUAUCAGGGUCUUCUGCAGGUGCAGACCAUUAAGCCAAGAUGAAAUUGCAAAUGGGUCUACUUCUGUAGUUGAUUUUGAUUCAUCUCAGGAAAAUGAGUUGCAGAUUAUUUGCUCUGAUUCUUCGAGAAAGCAAUUCAAGUUUGAUCAUGUAUUUAGGCCUGAUGACAAUCAAGAGGCUGUUUUCAUUCAAACUUCACCAAUAGUGACUUCAGUGUUGGAUGGAUACAAUGUUUGUAUAUUUGCCUAUGGACAAACUGGAACUGGAAAAACAUUUACUAUGGAAGGAACCCCUGAAAAUAGGGGAGUUAAUUACCGGACACUGGAGGAUUUAUUCAGGAUUUCCAAUGAAAGGAGUGGUUUUAUGAGAUAUGAACUGUUUGUAAGCAUGUUGGAGGUUUACAAUGAGAAGAUAAGAGACCUCUUGAUAGAAAACUCCAACCAGUCUAGUAAAAAGUUGGAGAUAAAACAAGCUGCUGAUGGAACUCAAGAAGUCCCAGGACUUGUUGAAGCUCAUGUUUAUGGUACAGAUGAAGUGUGGGAACUGCUUAAGUCUGGAAGUCAAGCCAGAUCUGUCGGAUCUACUAAUGCUAAUGAAUUUAGCAGCCGUUCUCACUGCUUGUUACGUGUGACUGUUAAUGGUGAGAGUUUAAUAAAUGGGCAAAAAACAAAGAGCCACCUUUGGCUGGUGGACUUGGCUGGAAGUGAGCGCAUGGGCAGGAUUGAAGUUGAAGGUGAAAGGUUGAAAGAAUCGCAGUUCAUAAAUAAAUCCCUCUCAGCACUUGGGGAUGUUAUCUCUGCUCUUGCAUCUAAGACUGCGCAUAUUCCGUACAGGAAUUCCAAGCUCACUCAUAUGUUGCAGAGCUCUCUAGGAGGAGAUUGUAAGACCCUGAUGUUUGUCCAGAUUAGCCCAAGUGCUGUAGAUUUGGGAGAAACCCUCUGCUCACUUAAUUUUGCUAGUCGUGUCCGAGGAAUUGAGCAUGGACCUGCUCGCAAACAGGCAGACCUCACAGAGCUUUUCAAGUAUAAGCAACUGGCAGAAAAGGCCAAGCAUGAUGAGAAGGAAAUCAAGAAAUUGAGAGAUAGUUUGCAGUCAUUGCAAUUACGACUUGCUGCCAGAGAACACAUCUGCAGAAAUUUUCAAGACAAGAAUAGAGAACUUGAGAGCCAAUUAGCAGAGGAGAGGAAGACCAGACUAAAACAGGAAACUAGAGCUUUGGCUUCUGUUUCUGCUCAGUCUCCAGCCUUAUCAUCUCUAAAUCAACCACAUAUGACGACUAUAGCAGAGAAAAAGCCACCAAUGUUUCCUUCAAAAUUGAGGCUGCCUCUGCGAGGAAUCUCCAAUUUCUUGCCCCCACGUUCUCCUGUCCCACCUCGCAUGACCAAGACUUCGACUUCUAUUUACCCAAAUAACAAAGAAAACGUGUCGAAAAUGAUGACAACAGCAGCCAAGACAAAGACACUCCUGAAAGCAAGACGGGGUUCAUAUGCUGUUAGGCCUCCUCCGGUUGCAACAAAUAAGGUCUUUCAGCCUAAAAGACGUGCCUCUAUUGCAACACUCCAUCCUGAGUCAAACUCAAAUAUUAUGAGAACUCCACUUAACAGCUCAUCCAAUGCUCGAUUAAGGACUGAUCGUAUGGUGAGUAGACAAUCAUUUGUGUGGGAUCCACAAAGGGUAUGGCGUGCAUCAAGAGUGGAAACUCCAUUGUCACGGUUGAAGGAAUCAGCGGUGAUGGCAACACCAAUUGCUCCAAGGAGCAGUAAAUUUAGAGGAAGUCCUCCAACACAGGCAGGGUCAUGGAAGCCAAAGCAUCCGACGGUUAUUGCGCUACAAAAGAAACAGUUAGUAUGGAGUCCACUCAAGUUCCGAGGCAUGAGAAAUAGUAGCAGGAAGUCAUUAUUGCCUUCUUGAUGUUCUGAGAAGUAUCAGUGUAUUCUCAAACAUCUUUAAAACAUGUAAUUUCUUCUUCCUUAACCUCUAUUUUUUAUUUUUUAUUUUUUUGGGGAUUUUACACCAGUGUAUGCAUACUAGUACCAACUGCUGCUUUCUUGAGGAUAGCUCCAUUUCUUGUAUUGCUUUAACCAAUUCUUCUCUCUUUGAGCCUUCAAUUCACAAUAUAUGAUAUACUUAUUUGUCAAUAAGCAUUGUUUUUUAUUUUAUAAUUA